CUGCUUCUCUCUCUAGCGAGCAACCCGCGCGCCGGAGAGAGAGAUACAGGGAGGGAAACCCGAAGCCCAGGAGACCAACCCCACCACCGUCGUCGUCUACUGCACCGGAGAUGGAGUCGCCGGGGGCCAGCCCGUCCCGGGAGCAGAUUGCUGCGGCGGCGGCGGCGCCGGCCGAGCGCCCCUCCGAGGCGGUCGCGCUGCGUGCGCUCGUCGACCGCGUGCGCGCCGGGGAGGUCGAGGCCGCGCGCGAGGUGCGCCGCCUCACCCGGGCCUCCUCCAGGCACCGCCGCAAGCUCGCCGCCGCCGUCGAGCCGCUCGUCGCCAUGCUCCGCUCCGGCGCCCCCGAGGCCGGCGAGGCCGCGCUCCUCGCCCUCCUCAACCUCGCCGUCCGGGACGAGAGGAACAAGACGAAGAUAGUGGAUGCUGGUGCACUUGAGCCACUGCUAGGUUAUUUGCAAUCAAGUGAUCUGAACUUGCAGGAGUAUGCAACUGCAGCCCUUCUUACGCUCUCGGCCUCAUCUACAACUAAACCUAUUAUAAGUGCUUCCGGAGCAAUCCCCUUGCUGGUAAAGGUCCUGAAAGAAGGAAAUUCACAAGCUAAGAAUGACUCAGUGAUGGCUCUUUACAACCUCUCCACAGUUACAGAUAACCUUCAAACAAUCCUUUCCAUUCAGCCAAUCCCCUCUUUAAUAGAGUUGCUGAAGGGUGGAAAGAGAUCCUCCAAAACGGCUGACAAAUGCUGUGCCCUCUUGGAGUCAUUGCUUGCCUUUGAUCAAGGACGAGUGGCCUUGACUUCUGAGGAAGGUGGAGUGCUCACCAUUGUGGAGGUACUUGAGGAAGGAUCCCUUCAAGGUAGGGAGCACGCAGUGGGAGCUCUACUGACCAUGUGUGAGAGCGAUCGCAAUAAAUAUAGAGAUAUCAUUCUAAACGAAGGGGCAAUCCCUGGACUUCUUGAACUCACAGUCCAUGGUACACCCAAGUCCAGAGUGAAGGCUCAUGUUCUUCUUGACUUGCUUCGCAACUCACCGUAUUCAAGAUCAAAGCUGCCAGCAGACACACUUGAGAACAUCGUAAGCAACAUUGCUUCACAAAUAGAUGGCGAGGACCGUGGUGGGAAAGCUAAGAAGAUGCUUGCCGAGAUGGUGAAGGUUAGCAUGGAGCAAAGCUUGAGGCAUUUGCAGCGUCGGGCUUCUUUUGCAUGAUCAGGUGAUUGCCAUGUUUUGCAAUGGAAGUAGACAUAGUGGAAAUAAUGAGUUUGCUGGUGAUGCCGGUCCAGGCCUUGACAGGACCGAGUGACUGGUUUUAGCGCUCAUAUACUUAAGCUGUUGAAGUAGUUCAUUUUCCAUUUCAAUCUUGUGUGUUCUGAACAAGAACAAAAUUUUCUUCUGUUUCUCAUGUGCCCUUCCUGCACUUUGUGCAUGAAAGGCCAAAAAACAAAAAAGCAAAAGGCAGAAAACCAAAAAAAGAAAGACAUUUCCUUUGAGGAAUGGACUGUACAUGAUAUAAAGCAAAGAUCCCAUUCUUCAUGUC